GGCAACGAGCUUUUCCUUUUUUUUCUGCCUACGCCUUGGGGGUCACGUUGAGAGCCAUUCCAGCCCUACGUUCGCCUUCACCUUCCAGUUUGACGUUGCUUUUCGGAAAAGAAAAACACUCCUAACUUAAAACUAGAUUGUUACAGAGACAUCUCUCACCCUCUAACAAUGCAAGGAAGCAAUUUGGAGGAAAGAUUCUGUCUGUUUACAACAAACACAAUUAGGAAUAAGACUUAAAAGCAACAGAGGUUGGACAGUGCCAGGAUGGAAAUGGUUCUCUUUUCAGUGUGAUGCCAUCACAGAGCAAAGUGAAAUGAGCCAGAAGGCAAAGGAGAAUGUGGUUCGAAACAACACCCUAUUCCUCUUGAAACCACAAAAGCCCAUUCAGCCUUACAUCUGUUCAACGUUGGAUGAUUUUGAAGAAGAGAGAGACUUUUUGGCUACCACCAUCUUCCCUCGGCUCAAUGACUCCUGCAUUGCCAGGGGCACGUGCUUCAAAGCUGUGGACCUGAGAUGGGCAGCAGUGAAGACCCAGAACUCUUUCCCAGCCAGCCUGUCCCGACAGUAUUCCUGUCUCAACUCCCAGCACCUGAAGCUCUGUCUAGACAGUGUGGAUAGCUGUUUCCCCUUUUUCAUCUGCCUACUAGGGCAGACAUACGGAGACUUCCUCCCUGACCACUCACCUUCUUUGUUCUCCACAGCAACUGACCUGGCAAGUUUAUCCAAGGAAGAACAGAAUCUGUAUGUUGCUGCCAAAAAUGGUUAUCCAUGGGUGCUGGAGACGCCCAACUGCAGUGUGACGGAGUUUGAGAUCAUGCAAGCAGCUUUUCGGAAGGAAUCUCAAUUUCAGUAUUUUUACUUCCGGACAGGGUCCUCACUGCUAAAGACUUUGAGUGAGGUAGAGAAGGUGAAGCCGCCCUCGGGUUCUCUGGUGAAUGAAGAGGGAAAACUGAAGAUUGGAAAACUCAAGGCCAAGAUCAUUAGUAAAGGGCUUCCCGUCAGAUUCUACAAAGACCUCCAUGAGUUGGGUGAGCUGGUGUUCAAGGACUGGUUGGCUGUGAUUGAAAAGCUUUACCCAGCCACUGUGAUGAUGGAUAACAUAGACUACAAGCACAGCUUUGAACGUUUGUAUCAUGAAGACUUUACUGAGAAGUGCAAGCAAGUGUUCGUUAUUUCUAAGGAGUCAAGCAGGACCUUUGAAAUAUUGGAAAGAUUUGUCUUGAAGGAUGUGGAACUCAAUUCCAACAAAGCAACAGGAGGUUCCAGUUUAGAUAACAUUCUCAGAAUAAAUUCUCUUCCAACUAACAAGUCUAUUUUGCUCUUGUCUGGAGAACGUGGCUGUGGGAAGUCUACCCUGAUUGCUAGCUGGGUGGAUUAUUUCAAAAACAAAUACCCGAGCACGUUGGUGAUCCCUUACUUCGUGGGAAGCACCUGCGAGAGCAGCGACAUCACAAGCGUGUUGCAUUACUUCGUCGUGGAGCUGCAGCACAACGCCCACGGUCCCGAGAUGGAAAUGGAUUUUCUUAACGAAGAUGCAAGUGUCUUGGUCUUUUCACUUCUCGUGGAGAUGUUCAUGGCCUCCAUCAGCUUAAAGCCAUGCAUACUUGUGCUAGAUGGGAUUGAAGAAUUGAUUGGCAUUUAUGGGAUUUCAGGUCAGAAGGCGAAGGAUUUUUCCUGGCUGCCGCACCCCCUGCCCCCUCACUGCAAGUUCGUCCUGACCACCAUCUCCUCCAGUGUGUCCUGCAAGUUGCUGUGUGCCCGUCCGGACGUGAAGACCGUGGAGCUCGCAUGCACGGGCGACGAAGACACCAAGCUCAGCAUCUUCAGACGGCAUCUCUCUGCUCAUGCCCUGGACCUCUUCUCACAAAGCCAGCCCAUUUUGAAGAAGAAGCCCAGCCUGAAUGCUUUAAAACUCACCAUCCUUGCCAGUGAGCUGAAGGAAUGCAGAAUCUACCGUAAUGAGUUCCAGUGCAUGAGGAAAUACUUGGAGGCGGCCUCCAUCCAGGAGCUCUGGGAGCUGACUCUGAAACGCUGGGUUGAAGACUACAGUUGGAAUUUGAAACAAAAAGGGGCAAACUUCGACUUUGCGGCUUCAGGAGACGGACUGGAUGGAUGGGUGGCCGAUGUCCUCUGCUUGCUGUGCACGUCGCACUGUGGGCUGGCCGAGGAUGAGCUGCUUCGCCUUUUGGACAUGCUGGGUUACAGGAAUCAUUGCAAAGUGACCACAGUGCACUGGGCUGCCUUCCGCAAUGCCACCAAGCAGUGGGUCCAGGAGAAGCCAAAUGGUCUCCUCUACUUCCGGCACCAGUCCCUGAGAAACGCAGUGGAGCACCGGCUGCUGGGUGUAAUCACUCCGGUCAGAGAGAACAAACCAAGCACAAGCCAGAGUGCCGUCAAUUACAAGAAGAUCCACUUCCACCGGCUUAUGAUGAGGUACUUCCAGCGGCAGACCACGUUCUGGAGAGUGUAUCAGGAGCUGCCGUGGCACCUGAAGAUGAGUGAGUGCUGGGACGGCCUGUGCAGCUUUGUCACCAGCCCCAGUAUCAUAGAUUUUAUAUCAAAAAUUCGCAACCCGAGCUUGUGGACAAGGCUGCACCUGGCCCACUACUGGAGCACGCUGCUGGGAGCUGGCUACGACGUGGCCCAGGCCUUCCUGCUCUCCGUGGGCAAGAUCGAGGGAGAGCAGCACCAGACAGUGAGGAAGCGACCCACACUCUCAGUGCUGGAAUGCAGCCUUUCCCAGGUCACCGCCACCGACAAGUGCCGAAUGCUGCUUUUCAUUGGGAGGUUUUUGAAGCUCAUGGGCAAGACCAGUGAUGCAGAAAGACUGUUCUUGAGUGUUGAGGGCAAGUUACUGCAGAAUCAGUCCUUGACAGAAAUGCUCCUCAAAACUCAGAAUGCUGUUGGGGAACUGUAUCUUGAAAUUGGGAUGACUCAGAAAGGAUUCAGUUAUUUCCAGGAGGCGUGGUCAAACCUGCUGAGUUUUUCACUCAGUGACUUAAAAAAUAGCCAGGACUUGAUGAAACAGAAAGUCAACGUGCUUAAUAACCUGGCAAAGUCAGCAUCACAGGAGUUCUUGAAAGAGAACCACAUUCUGGAAUAUGCUACUGAAGUUUCCAAGUUAGUGAGCAACAACCCCUUGGAUCAAGCGACCAUGAAGUACACUGAAGGCAUUCUCAUGUUAGUUGCCGGAAACACUUUUCUUGCAAAACUGAAAUUUCAAGAGUGUUUAAAUAUCAGAAGAAGUUUAUUUGGUGAUAAGAACAUGCCAGUUGGUGAAAUCAUGGAAUCUUUAGCAGAUUUGCUCUUUUUUUUACUAAGAGAUAAUGAAAAAUCCCAAAGGAAGCAAGUAAAUGAAUAUUACAGACAGGUGAUAAGAAUCAAGGAAAAUGCAGAUGCGCUGACCACGUCCAAGCUUGUCAGGAAGCAGCUAAACAUCAGCCUCAGCAACACCAUGUACAAAUUAGCAGCUCACCUAUUGGUGAGUGAUUCCUGUCAUCAUUCCAUGCUGGAAGCAGUGGGCUAUUUGUAUAGAGCACUUGAUUUAAGGGUGACCCACCUGGGAUCUUCUCACUCAUCAAUCCAUGGGAUCCUGCAACUUCUAAGGGAGAUCAAGAGAUUCAAUGGCAGUAAAUGUUGGCCACAAGGCACAAGCCAGCAGUAUCCAGAGAGUUUUAAGAAUUGCUUUGUAUUAUGGGAACACUUGCCCAAGUUAAACUACCACAGUGCCCACGGGUCUAACUCAGUGAGCUCUGCUGUGUGCAUGCAUGCAGGUAAGUUCCAGAGGGCUGAAAGCAUGGCACUGGCCCCUCUUCCUCCUCCUCCAAUUCCAGAUAAAUCCAAAUGGGCUUUUGGCAAAGGGAAAAGGGGCUUGACGUCAGCGAUGAACACUUCUGCUGAGGAAAAGACCCAACAGAAGACCCGAAAUGUACAGAUAUGGAAUGGUCCAAGAAAGCAAGGACCAGUGAAACCCAAGGACUUGGGCUGGGGAGAUGGCUCAGGUGUUAAAGGCGGCCCUUGCUUGAAAAACAAAGACUGCUCCUUCAGGAUCUUAUCUUUGGACAAAGUGAACUGCUUGGUCAGGCUUUCAAGGCAGAAGAUCCUGUCCACUAAAAGUGAGAGCGGAGAAGGCCACAUCACCACGAUCUACCAUCACUCUCUGCCAGCGCCUGGCAACAUGAACAAGCCCUGGGAAUCUAUAUCUGAGCUCAUAUCAGAAAAGUGGCUUUUUCACAGCCCGCAGUGUGGCUUGACUCCUCACAAGUCUAUUCUGCAGAGACGACCUCAGACAGAAACAAAGUUUUUGAAGAUCCCAACCAACAUGAAUAAGGAAUAA